AUGUACAACCAUCGCUCCAUUGUUUCUUCCGCCGGCUCCCAGGGUCCUCCCUCGGGUCCACCUCCCCCUGGUCCAGGUGGCGCUGGCCCUUCUCAGGCGGCUGCUGCGGCCGCCGCCGCUGCAGCAGCAGCAGCGCAACAAGGUCCCCAUCCCGGCGGUCCUGUAGCCGGGGGCCCAGGCGGCCCUGCUCCCUCUGGUCCACCUGGCGCUGCUGCUGGCCCACCGGGCGCCGUUCCUCCCGCCGGCGCUCCUCACACCAGCUCAGCUAGAUUGGCAGACCUCCUCGACUUUGUCCGUCACGAAUUCGACCUGCUCGGCAACGACACAGCACAGUUCAAGGCGCAACGCGACGAGAUGGAACACAGAGUCACACAGCAAGUCAGCGAAGUUAACAUGAUGCAAAAUCACUUUUACGAACUUGAAAAGCGCCACGCUCAAAUCAUUCAACAAUACGAAGAAGAAGUCAAGCGUCUUCGCAGCAUUCUCGACUCCAGAGGCUUGUCCUCCGAGCACGGCGCAGCGCCAGCAUCCGGUCCCAUGAGCGGUCCACCUCACCUUCCCGCCUCGGCUGCUUCUGGUCCAUUGCCCAUUGCCUCCGCUGGUGGGCCGCCCCCUUCCGGUGGUCCAGGCGGUGCGGGCUCUGCAGGUGUGUUUGGUCCCAAUGGCAACGGCGCGCCCGGCGGCGGCGGCGGUCCCGGUAGCGAGUAUGGACGUGGUCCCAAUGGCUUUGACCGCGGUGAGCGCGACCCGCGCGACCCACCGCGUGGCCCUACCCCCGUCGGCAAGGACUCGAAACGCAUGCGCGUCGACGGACCCGGUUCGCACUACAGCGGCCCGCCGAGCCCGGGUGCUGAUCGAGAGCGUGAUUGGAUCAAGAAGGAGGAGCGCGAUCGAGGUGCGCCUCCCCGCGACGACAAGUGGGACAGGGAUCUGCAGCGUGGCGGUGGCCCUCCUCUGGGUCCGGGUCCGGCCCAGUCGCCGCACGGUGCACCACCUCUUCCACCGCCCAACUCUUACAACCGCGAUCUCCCCCACCGUGGCGACGCUAGGGAUCGCGAGCGUGGCGCCCCCGGCGAGUCGCUUCCCGGCGCUGGCGACUCGCCCGGCGCGGCUGCUGCCGCUGCCGGUAACGUCUCGCUCGCCAGCCUGAGUGACAUGGACCCGGACGAGAUCCCCAAGGAAUUGAAGAAAGAAGGUCCCGACUGGCUGGCCAUCUUCAACCCCAAAGUCAAGCGCACUCUCGACGUCAACCUCGUGCACACUUUCUUGCACGAGAGCGUCGUCUGCUGCGUGCGUUUUUCGGCAGACGGCAAGUACCUCGCCACGGGCUGCAACAAGUCGGCGCAGAUCUUUGAUACAAAAACGGGCGCCAAAACGUGCGUUCUCACCGACCAGUCGGCUAACUCCAAGGGCGAUCUGUACAUCCGCAGUGUGUGUUUCAGUCCGGAUGGCAAGUGCUUGGCUACAGGAGCGGAGGACAGGCAGAUUCGGAUCUGGGACAUUGGUAAGAAGAAGGUGAAGCACCUGUUUUCGGGCCACAAGCAGGAGAUCUACUCGUUGGACUACAGCAAAGAUGGGCGUAUUAUUGCGAGUGGGUCGGGGGACAAGACGGUGCGGAUCUGGGAUGUGGAGAACGGGCAGCUGCUGCAUACGCUGUACACGUCGCCGGGGUUGGAGCACGGGCCGAGCGAGGCUGGGGUCACGUCGGUGAGCAUCUCGAGCGACAAUCGCUUGGUCGCCGCGGGCGCGCUCGACACGCUCGUGCGCGUCUGGGACGCACAGACGGGCAAGCAGCUCGAACGACUCAAGAGCCACAAGGACUCGAUCUACUCGGUCAGCUUUGCGCCCGACGGCAAGUCGCUCGUCAGCGGCAGUUUGGACAAGACGCUCAAGCUGUGGGAUCUCACGGGCACCGCCAAGGCGGUGCAGGAAAACCGCACCGAGGAGAAGGGCGGACACGCCAACUGCGCGACUACGUUUGUCGGGCAUAAGGAUUACGUGCUGAGCGUGUCGUGCAGUCCGGAUGGCCAGUGGGUCGCGAGUGGCUCCAAGGACAGGGGCGUGCAGUUCUGGGAUCCCAAGACCGCACAGGCGCAGUUUGUGCUCCAGGGCCACAAGAACUCGGUCAUUGCCAUUAAUCUCAGCCCGGCAGGCGGACUGCUGGCGACGGGAAGCGGCGACUUCAACGCUCGUAUCUGGAGCUACGAUCGCAUCCCCAACUAA